AUGGACGGUUUAGAGAAUUCCUAUCUGGAUACAUAUCGAGAUUCCAACGAAAAUGUCAAUUUGGUAUAUCUGCAUCCGGACCACGAAAAAUGUUUGGGAAGAGUUCCUGCCUUAUCAACUCAUAUCAUUGAACUUGUAGAAGUGGACGGCCUGGAAUCCAAUGAAGUGGAGGUUUUAAACAACUGGUUUCUCGAUAACUGGAAGAAGAUAUACAGCUCAGGGUUUAUAAUGAACGAUUCAUUAACGCAGGAUUUUACGGAUUAUCUACAGCGAAAAUCACCAAUUUUAGUUGAUUUGGAGAAGGUUGAGUCGUAUCUGUCUGUGCAAAAAUUGCUAUACAAUGGACUGAGACUGGAGCUCAGAGAUGAAAAACAAGGAGAAAAUGUGUCACAGUGUAAACUGUUUCACAAGUACUACUACUCGUGCAGAGAGAAUCCACUGUCGAUGAACAACCUAGUAGUACUCUCGAACGUGAUAUGGUCAUUGAAGAAGUACAUGAAGGACGAAUUCGCACUGACGUGCCUGGUUGACAUACUGCUGCAGUCGUACAUGGUGGCGCUGAACUCCUUCAUAAGCCUGGGAGGAGUGGCGGUGCUGAGAGAAACGCUGGAGCACCUGGCACAAAAAGAAAAGCUGAAGCAGAGCACAAAUUUCCUGCUUAAGUGUAUGGACCUGCUGGACAAGCUGGACAUCAACUUCAGAGUGCUGCAGACGUCGAGAAUAGGAGUGCCAGUGAACUGCAUAGCACAGGGCAAGUCGCACGCAAAGCUUAAGCUGGACUACGAAUGCUCAAACGACAAAGUUAAGCUGAAAGCAACGAACCUGAUCAAAAAGUGGAAAGCAAUAAGAGACGCGUCAUUGCCAACGAAGGCAACCACAGAAACGGAAAAUAAAAUUAAAAAGGGGCAGGUGCAAGAAGGAAGAUUGGUAAGUAAAAAGUCGAUAGAAGUUACAAUGGAAAAGAGAGGAGAAAAAGGACAAUCAGAAAAGAGACUACGAGAAAAGAGAGAGACGGAAAAGGGGCCGCAAGGAGAAGGAACGAACAAUGAACAAGAAGGAUCAUUCGUACUAAACAUAAUUAACACAAUGGUGGAGCAGAAGGAAAAGGAAAAAAAGAGGAAGAUGGAAAUCAGAAACUCACAAAUGUCAACGAAGUAUAAAGGGACGACUUCGACGAAUAAGGGAAGUAUGGACAAGGAAUUGAAGAGAGAAAGAAGCGGAAGCGGAGAAAACAGUACAACUGGCCACGAAGGAAAUAGUAAAACGAGCAUCUAUAAGAUGGGAAAGGAAGGAGACAAGAAGGGGCCUGGAGGACAAGGAGAAACGGAAAAGGAUAAGUCGAGCACAACACAACUGGCCUCACUGAUGAAUUUCUUCAAAGAGUACUCAAACAAGACUGAGGAAAGGCAGGAGGAAGCGACGGCAACAGAAGUAAACCACCACCACCACGCAAGCAGCGGUGCAGGUCACAAGUAUGCAGCAGGUACGACGGCAAGCGCAUUAUUACACCAAACAGUCACGGACCCAGCACUCAAGCAGCAACACUACCACCAGUCAACACCACCGGCAGCACAAAUACACCACGUUUCAACAACGCCAACAGCAAGUGUGAGUGGCCAGUACGCACCUGCCAUUGGCAGUAAUGCUCCCGCAAGUGUGGUAACCGCCGCUGCAAACGUUACUCCUAGUGCAAGCGUUACUGCUAGUGCAAGCGUUACUGCCACAAGUGCUACAAAUACGAAUAUUAAUGCCAAUGCUAGUGCUAAUGCUAGUCUUAAUGCUAAAGCUGUAAAUCUAACUGGUCAAACGCCAAGUAGCGCAGAACAGCACCUGGGAAGCAAAUAUGAGUCACACCAAGUAGGAUCGGGGAAUGUGAUGACACAGCAAAUGGGUCACGGAGUGGGAGGAAUUCAGCAGCUGGGAGGAGUUUAUGGAACAUACCAAUAUGGACACAGCAUGCCAGUUCAAGUGGCGGGAGGCCACAAUAUGGGUGCCCAAGUAACAUCAGGGCAUAACGUGGCAAGUCAAGUGGGAACAGGAGUUUCACAUAUGGGAUUCAGUGAUGUGACAACGCUGGCGGCACACAAUGGUAGAAAACGACUGGGAUUCAGCGAUGGGCCUCCAAUGGGAUUCAGCGAAGGCACACAGCAAGUACCACAUAACUUAGGAGGGCAACAAGUAGGACACAACUUAGGAGUGCAACAAGUAGGACACAACUUAGGAGUGCAACAAGUAGGACACAACUUAGGAGGACAGCAGGUACUAACGCAAGUGCAGCCACCAGCACCGCCGCCACCGCCACCACCGAUGAGUAACAUGAAGCACGUGCAGACGCAAUAUACAAUUAACACAAAUAAGAUGCAACAACAAUAUGAAAUCAACACAAAUAAGAUGCAACAACAAUAUGAAAUCAACACAAAUAAGAUGCAACAGACAGUAAGUGGAGCAAGUAAGCACGUCACGGGAGGCUAUACAAACGCAAUGGAUGCAGCAAGUGAUCUAGGAUACAAUAAAAAGGAAUACAGAAACAGAGGACAAGAUCAGACAGGAGUAUAUAGCAGCUACGGAGUGUACGGAAACGUAAUGGCAGGAGCAGGAUACGCUCCACCGCCACCACCACCACCACCAGCUCCACCAGGACCAACACACUACCAAGGAGUCACGCAGGAAAACACAGGAGCAUACGAAGGACAGAAGUCGAGGUUCAGCCCGCCGAGAAACAAGUUCCAACAAUUGCAAGUUAACUUCCAAGCACAGUCGUCAACCUACGAGGAGACCGAGCAGGAGAACUACAUCGACGACAAAAACAUAGAAUUCUACCACACAGGAGCGGAGUCGACGAAGGAAGACGGCCAGACGCCAGUAGUGCCACCAUGGAAAUAA